CCGGGUGUGGGGAGUCGAGAAGACAGGUCCUGGUAUGGGGGGUUGGGACACCGUGGGCCCAUAGUCUGCCCUGCCAUUGGGGUGAGGGGCCUGGGAGCUCGGGGUCUGCCAGGUGCUGGGUGUCGGCGACAAGGGUCGGGUUGGGUCGGGUCGGAUUGGGUUGCGCCGGGCGGAGGCGUUUCUGAGCAGGCCAGCCAGCCAGCUGGGGUGACAUCACCGACCCCCUCCCCCGCGCGAACCCCCUUCCUUCCUCUCCCUGCCGCGCCUUUUGUCCGGGCCAGGCUCCGCUCUGCCCCGCCCCUCCCCGCCCAUCUGCGGGGGAGGAGACUCCCCGUCAGUGACUUCAUUGAGUAGGUUCUUGGGGAUUGGGCUUGGGUCCUCCCCAGACAGGCGAGAGGAUCUCACUGUCUCUCAGGCCCUCACUAUCAUCACACCUGUCACAGGUACACACACUGCCACUCAACAACUACACACAGUCACUUCCGGCCUCACUGUCACACAGCCGUCCAGGCGCUCACACCAUUCAGCCAGACACUGCUGUACCCGAGAGCAGGUGGCCACUGGACCCUCUCACUGCACUCUACACCUGGGGAUCAGGUCCAGCUUCUGGGGCACAAGACAGGCCUUGCUGGGCCACGGCCUGUGGGAAUCUGAGGAGGUGGCUUCCAGAGCUACAGCGUCCCAGGCAGGCUCCGGUGGAGCGAUCAGAGGUGAGGGGCUUGGCUGGGCAUGUUUAAGCGCACAGUGCUGUCCUGCCCACCCCCAGCAGCACCCCCACUGCAGGCUCGAGGAGCUUUCCGGAGCUUCCCACACUUCUGGGGAGAAGACUUCUUAGCCAGCUUGAUGUUUAAAAUUCAGCUGGAGCCCUUAAAACUUCGAGCGUGGACGCUGAAUGGGUUUGUAAAGUUUCGAAACAAGGAGCCCAGCACCGGUCCAGUGGCUGUGAUGGGAAAAGAUUAUUACAAGAUUCUUGGAAUCCCGUCUGGGGCCAACGAAGAUGAGAUCAAGAAAGCCUAUCGAAAGAUGGCCUUGAAGUACCACCCAGACAAGAACAAAGAACCCAACGCUGAGGAGAAGUUUAAGGAGAUUGCCGAGGCCUACGACGUGCUGAGUGACCCUAAGAAACGGAGCCUGUAUGACCAGUAUGGGGAGGAAGGCCUCAAGACCGGCGGUGGUACCUCAGGUGGCUCCGGUGGCUCCUUUCACUACACCUUUCACGGGGACCCUCAUGCCACCUUUGCUUCCUUCUUUGGUGGCUCCAACCCCUUCGAUAUCUUCUUUGCCAGCAGCCGCUCCACUCGGCCUUUCAGUGGCUUUGACCCAGAUGACAUGGAUGUGGAUGAAGAUGAGGACCCAUUUGGUGCCUUUGGCCGCUUUGGCUUCAAUGGGCUGAGUAGGGGUCCGAGGCGAGCCCCAGAACCACUGUACCCCCGGCGCAAGGUACAGGACCCCCCUGUGGUGCAUGAGCUGCGGGUGUCCCUGGAGGAGAUCUACCACGGCUCCACCAAGCGCAUGAAGAUCACAAGGCGACGCCUUAACCCUGAUGGGCGAACUGUGCGCACCGAGGACAAAAUCCUGCACAUUGUCAUCAAACGUGGCUGGAAGGAGGGCACCAAGAUUACCUUCCCCAAAGAGGGCGAUGCCACACCCGACAACAUCCCAGCCGACAUUGUCUUCGUGCUCAAAGACAAGCCUCAUGCGCACUUUCGCCGAGAUGGCACCAACGUGCUCUACAGUGCACUCAUCAGCCUCAAGGAGGCGCUGUGUGGCUGCACCGUGAACAUUCCCACCAUUGAUGGCCGAGUGAUCCCUUUACCCUGCAAUGAUGUUAUUAAACCAGGCACCGUGAAGAGACUCCGUGGGGAGGGACUUCCCUUCCCCAAGGUGCCCACUCAGCGGGGAGACCUCAUUGUUGAGUUCAAAGUUCGAUUCCCAGACAGAUUAACCCCACAGACACGGCAAAUCCUUAAACAGCACCUACCCUGCUCCUAGACUCUCCCUAGCCUGUCUGGAGCCCACCACAGCAAUACCCCCACACUCACCAAUCUCAUGUGGACCCGGCUGGAUGUCCACCGGACACUGGCACUUUCCUAAAAUGCAAGAAGCCACUGAUUAUCAGGAAAAUGUUCCUCUUCCCGACAACCCCUUUCGGAGCUGGGCUGCUUUGGGGGAAUGGGAGGGCGGUGGGGAGAACUAGCCCAGACCAGGGGUCAAUUUUUUGUCACGUGCUUUGAAUCCAGUUCCCACUGCAGUGGCUGGAGAGUGACUUGAGAGCUACUCGGAGCUAUAGAUUCAUUGUCCUGCCUGUAAAUAGCAUGUCCUCCCUCUCAGCCUUGCUAACACCUUUCCUCUCCCUUCCCCUCGGCUUCCUCCUGUUUCUGGAGAAAGAAGUUAGAAAGGACACCGCUUCCCACCCCCCCCCAGGUCUGUAGUGUCCGAGGCUAUUUUGCACAAGUGUUCGUGCACAUGAAGCACUCGCCAAAAUGGUCCGUGUCUCUCUGAGAGACAAGAAAGGACAGGAGGUAGGAAGGUCCCUCACUGAUGAACAAGGCUGUCAUUUGAGCACGAGACACUUUUCAUUUGGGGCAGGGAGGUGAGCCAACCCUUAGGAGCCUCCCCAACAGCUGCCCUGCCUACACCCCACAGAGUUGGAGGAUCUGUCCCCCUCAGCUGCUCUGGGGAGUGUUCUGGGGUGGAGAGAAGAAAGGUGGGCCUGAACCAUCCACCACAGCUAAGAGGUGGGGCAGGACCCAUCUCCCAGCCAUCACCAGGAAGGAAAAGGGCUUUGGGAUCAGGCGGCAGCUGUUCCCCACCAAGAGAUUCAGGAUCACAGGUUCCUUCCCAUAUCUCUGAACUCAGGGCCUAGCCACCCCAAACUUCCAAGCCCCACUUUUGUGAUAUGUGAAGCUACUUAUUUCUUACUUUUCUUGGAGGCUGUGUCCGAAAUUUCCAGCCUCUCUGCCUGUGUGACCCUCACCCCACCCCACUCCCACAGUUGUAUAAAAGUCGAAUAGUGAAGGAGCUGGGAGAAAACUGCUUCAGUUGGUCCUGGGGUGGGGUCUUUAGGUUUUCUCACUUUGACAAGCCCCUGAAUGUUUUUAUAGUAGUUUUUUGUAUUUUUUUGUAAUGACAGUAUUAUGAAAAAAAUAAAGUAUUUUAAAAAUAUG